AUUGAAAGUGAAAGUAAGGAGGAACAGAGCCGCAUGUUUUUACUUUCCUCUACAGGCCUGAACAAUUUGUAAAAAACCUACACAAACCAGACAUGGCUUCUGCUGCUAGUGCUGAGGAUAAUUUCCAAUGUUCCAUAUGUCUGGAUGUGUUCACUAAACCUGUGUCAAUUCCUUGUGGGCACAACUUCUGUUUUGACUGCAUCAACAAACACUGGGACACUCAAGAUACUGUAUUCCUAUGUCCACUGUGUCAAGAGAAAUUCUUCAACAGGCCGAUGCUUCGGAUUAACACUUUCAUUGCUGAGAUGGCAGCAAAUUUCCGGGAAUCUGAUCAAGAAAGACCUCGUGCUACUCCUAAAAAAGCAGGAAAUGGAAACGUGCUUUGUGAUAUGUGCACAGGGGCAAAGCUCACAGCCUUCAAGUCCUGCUUAGUGUGCUCAUUGUCUUUGUGUGAAACACAUCUGGAGCCUCAUCAGAGAAUUUCAGCCAUGAAAAAACACAAGCUGAUCAAUCCCGUUGAGAACCUGGAGAGUAGAAUAUGCAAGACGCAUGACGAUCCUUUAGAGCUGUUUUGCAGGGUGGAUCAAAUGUUUGUGUGCAAGUCCUGUAAAGACAGUGACCAUAAAUCCCACGAGGUAGUGAGUCUGGAAAAGGAGGUUCAAGAGAGGAUGAUAAAGUUGGGAAAAGAAAAGGAAAUCACAGAUCAGAUGCUCCAGGCACGUCGGCAGAAAAUUUGCGAGAUCGAACACUCAGUGGAGGAUAGCGUAAAAAAUGCUGUGAAGGCCCAGUCAUACGGCGUGCAUGUGAUGAAUGAUGUGGUGGAGUACAUUAGGAGAAGCCAAGCGCAACUCACGGAGGUAAUUGAGGCGAAGCAGGAAAAAAUUGAAACAGAAAGUAAAGGCUUCAUUAAAGAACUGGAGGAAGAAAUUGUGAAAAUAAAGCAAAGAAAGUUGCAGCUUAAUCAGGUCUCAUUCACCGACGACGCCUUGAUGUUCCUUGAGAAUUUGCUGUCUCUUACCAUCACUCAGCCCCAGGUUAAGGACUGGUCUGAUGUGACAUUUAACAGCGACGAGUUUACUGUGCAGGGAGCCAUGGCCAUGCUGAAGACAACGGUGGAGAAAGAAAUAAGGAUGCUGUGCGAUCCCGACUUGAGAGAAAUGCAGCGGCACGCCGUAGAUGUGACUCUGGAUCCUGACACGGCAAACUCUCUUCUCAAUGUCUCUUCAGAUGGGAAACAAGUCAUGCAUGGAGACAGAAAGAGGAGUCUCCCAAACAAACCAGAGAGGUUUGAACAUGUCCUUAAUGUCCUUGCAAAGGAGUGUUUCUCCUCAGGAAAAUUCUACUAUGAGGUCCAGGUUAAAGACAAAACAAGCUGGGAUUUAGGAGUUGCCACCCAGUCCAUCCACAGAAAGGGCGAUAUAAGAUUGAGCCCCAAGAAUGGGUACUGGACUAUUUGGCUGAGAAAGGGAAAAGAGUUAAUAGCCAAUGCCGGCCCUGCCAUUCCCCUUCAUGUGAGGGAGGUGCCUCAAAAGGUUGGGGUGUUUGUUGAUUACGAGCUGGGUCAAGUUUCCUUCUACGACGUGGACGCCAGGGCGUGCAUCUUCUCCUUCACCGGAUGUAGCUUCACCGAGAAGCUCUUUCCGUUCUUCAGCCCCUGUUUUAAUGACGGCUGCAAAAAUUCAGCGCCCUUGAUCAUCACUCCUGUCAAACACAACAGCUGAGUUUUGUUAUCUGGAUUUUGUGAAAGAAAAAGGAGACAGGGCGAGGGAUUCGCAGCGAGAUCUUAGAAGAGCGUAGAAAUGUUUUUAUGUGUGAAACUCAUGGUGUGGCAUUUUGUUUUUCCCAUCCAUCAGUGUCAGUGCAGUCUGUCGCUGCGUGUCGCCUGUCACACUGACAGCUGUAGAUCUCCAACUAGUCCACACGCAGGGAUAUCGGGACAUUCACGAAAAAGGUGGCUGACAGUAUUUACAAAUAUGUAAUGUUAAGUCUUGUGCUGCUUGGAGUGCAACAUAUCAAGACUGUUUACUUAUGAUAUGAUGGAUGGGAUUGAUACCUGUUACUGUGUUCACAAAAUACUCUGACCUACAUGGUGAAGGGGUCACCAUGUACACAGCCACCAAUGGGAGAAAAAAAUCAGCACAGAAAUGUUCAAAUACGUUAAAGGAAUCGUAGAGUUAGAGUUUUCAGUUGAUGCAAUUAUUUUCACCACUUAAUGUUAGUGAAAAGUGUAGUUAUUGAAUGUCAUUGAGUGGCACAAAAUGCUUUGUCCUCUAAUUAAAAUCACCAAGUUGCAACACAGCACAUCUGUCUGAUAGGGAGAAACCAAAGCCAAUAAAGUCUGUUUGUUUGUCACUGGGGUAACAUUUAAUUAUGGUUCUUUCUUUUUCAAUUCUUUUAAGAGUUGUGUAUGUGUUUGGAUUUGAUUUUUACAGCAUGACUGCGUUAAUUUUUGAACAUUAACCAUAUGUUUAUCAAUGUAACCAUUGCAUCAAAGGUACCCUGUAAAACUAAAUCAUGUUUGUGCCUGGACCUUAACCAGACAAAUGAUAUCUUACUGAAGAUGUGCUGCUGUUCUCUCUUAUACAGUACAUCACUUUAAAUUGAAUUGAUUUGUCUUUUGGACUGAUAGAUAGGUACUUUAUGGAUCCUGAGGGAAUCACUGAUGGUGGGACAAAAGUAUUUUUUUUAAAACACUUUAAAGUCAGAGAAAUUGUGUUGUGUCAUGUGACAUUUCAUUUAGAUGUAAAAAUAUUAAACACAUUAUUUGAUCAUGAAAAUGCAGCCCUGGUCUAUAAUACUGGACUGUACGUGUGUUGGAUGUACUGGAAAGUAUUUGAUGUUUACUAUGGGAUGUUUGACUGGAAUACAAUGAAUGGGGAAACAAUAAUAAAGGUAAUUAAGGAAGAU